AAGCACUUUCCCAGACAAUAGAAAUCAAGCUCGACGACAGCGGUGAAUGGAAAAACAUUUGAUCACUGCUUCAUCAGGUGGUGUAAGCCACUAUGCAGUUCAAUUAGAGAAAUUGGGCAAAACUCAUGUGACGGCCAAAAGGUGCUGCAUUAAAGAGUCCUUCCGGUAAGACAGAAGAGUCGGUUCAGUGCAAAGGGGUCCUGAAGGUUCUCUCAGUGCUGGUACCGAGGCUGCUGUUGCUCGUGACGCUUUUGAAGGAAUGAUAGAAACUUUGUCAAGGACCAAAGAAAGUAUUGGGCGUGCAACUCGUCUUGCCAUAGAUUGUGCUAAGUAUGGCAUUGCCAACGAGGUUGUUGAACUUCUCAUCCGGAAGUUGGAAAAUGAAGCUAGUUUUCAUCGCAAAGUGGAUUUAUUUUUUCUUGUUGAUUCUAUCACUCAGUGCUCACAUAGUCAAAAAGGUAUUGGUAGUUUCAGGAGAGACAUGUUGUGGUAAAACAAUACAGCUGCCACAAUUCAUUUUGGAAGAAGAAAUAUCUCGUUUGUGUGGAGCUGACUGCAACAUAAUUUGCACUCAACACCGACACUGAGACAUAAGUCUAUUUUUGUACGGUUUCGUUGUCUUAUAUGAUUCCAAUUCCAAGCAUUAUUAGACUGCAAUAAAUUCUUGAUAUACCUUUUGACGGUUGAUUUGUCAAGUCAUUUGUGUUAUGUUGUCUUUACUAUAUCCGUCGUUUUGUUCCUUUAUACGUCUACUAAAGUAAACUGUUUGACAAUUUAUUUGAUUAGGUUAUGCGAGGGAGGAGAACUACUUGACCGAAUAUUGGGCAAGUAAGUUCAGUUUGAUCUUAGAUGUGAUUGACUCUCCAGGUUGAGUUAUGGGCACUAAACAAGAUUCAUGGAGGUAUCUAAUAUAUCUUUAGACAUUGCUUUUGAUUUGGAACUUUGUUGUUUUUGUUUGAUUUGGGACUUUGUUGUUUUUAUGUGACUUGUUGUUUAGAUAAUUGCAUUCAAAUGUAUUCAAAUGUUUUCAAACUGUAUGCAAAGUGGUUAGUUAAGGGUUA